CCCCUCAACCUCUCUCAGGUGCCACUCAUUGUCUGCAGAGCGUCUCAAACAUCAUCGUUCUUGAAAAAUGGCUCUAAGUGCAAGCGGUGCCAACUCUCUCCUCGGAAACAAAACCUUUGUUCCAACCCAACAACCUAGUUUGCCUUCCCACACCCAUGUUUUCUCCACCAAGAACGUCAGAUCUGUGAAGCCAAUUCAAGCCAUCCAAUCUGCCGACUCUUCCAAAUCCCCCAUUGUCUCUGACAAGUCUUCUUCUAAGCCCGCCCCGCCUGCCGCCGCCUCCGCCUCCGCCGCCGCCACGGCCACUACCACCGUUUCGAAACCCGAAGCGGGUAAGGCGAAAUGGGCCGUGGACAGCUGGAAAUCCAAGAAGGCGCUGCAGCUCCCCGAGUACCCGGAUCAGGUGGAGCUCGAUACGGUCCUCAAGACCAUCGAGUCUUUUCCCCCGAUCGUUUUCGCCGGAGAGGCUCGCAGCCUUGAGGAGAAACUCGGGGAGGCCGCAAUGGGCCGGGCCUUCCUGCUCCAAGGUGGGGAUUGCGCCGAGAGUUUCAAGGAGUUCAAUGCCAAUAACAUUAGGGACACUUUUCGGAUCCUCCUCCAAAUGGGCGCCGUUCUCAUGUUCGGCGGUCAAAUGCCUGUUGUUAAGGUGGGAAGAAUGGCUGGGCAGUUUGCAAAGCCAAGAUCAGACCCAUUCGAGGAGAAGGAUGGUGUAAAGUUGCCAAGUUACAGGGGAGACAAUGUAAAUGGAGAUGCAUUUGAUGCAAAGUCAAGAACUCCAGACCCUCAGAGGCUGAUCAGAGCAUACUGCCAAUCUGCAGCUACUCUGAAUCUGUUGAGGGCUUUUGCCACUGGAGGGUAUGCAGCUAUGCAGAGGGUCACUCAAUGGAACUUGGAUUUCACAGAGCAAAGCGAGGGCGAUAGGUACCGUGAACUGGCUCAUAGAGUUGAUGAGGCCCUUGGGUUUAUGUCUGCUGCUGGUCUUACAGUGGACCAUCCCAUCAUGAAAACCACUGAUUUCUGGACAUCUCACGAGUGCUUGCAUUUGCCAUAUGAGCAGUCACUUACCAGACUGGAUUCAACAUCUGGACUGUACUAUGACUGCUCUGCCCAUUUCCUUUGGGCUGGGGAGCGUACCAGGCAGCUAGAUGGUGCCCAUGUUGAGUUCUUGAGGGGAAUUGCUAACCCUCUCGGGAUUAAGGUGAGUGAUAAGAUGAAUCCGGAUGAGCUAGUCAAGCUCAUUGAGAUUUUGAAUCCUCAGAACAAACCUGGGAGGAUCACAAUAAUUACAAGAAUGGGAGCAGAAAACAUGAGGGUUAAGCUUCCUCAUUUAAUCAGGGCAGUCCGAAGAGCAGGGCAAAUUGUCACUUGGGUUUCUGAUCCUAUGCAUGGAAACACUAUUAAAGCUCCCUGCGGUCUUAAGACUCGACCCUUUGAUUCUAUCAGGGCUGAAGUGAGAGCGUUCUUCGAUGUGCAUGAGCAAGAAGGAAGCAACCCAGGAGGUGUGCACUUAGAGAUGACGGGCCAAAACGUAACAGAGUGCAUUGGUGGAUCACGAACUGUGACUUUUGACGAUCUGGGUUCCCGCUACCACACCCACUGUGACCCUAGGCUGAACGCCUCUCAGUCCCUCGAGCUCGCAUUCAUCAUUGCGGAGCGCUUGAGAAAGAGGAGAAUUGGAAGCACAUCAGGACUGUAGAGAGGGUGUUUGAGGUUGCUAUGCUUUGUUUUUGUCCCCUUUCAUUUUCCUUAAAUUAUGGUUGGUUGUAUUAAUACUCCUAGGUUUGAUGACACCAUGUCUAGAUUAUGUUGUGAGCUAUUGUGCAUACUGGAAGAAUGUGUUGUAUGAGAGUUCCGGCAUUUCGCUUCCUAUGUGACUAUGAAUAAAGAAAAUUUUGCUUGCGCAAAUACAGUGAUUGUGAA